UUAUUGUAAAGAAAAGUAGAAAAGUCGAGAACUUCAUUCAGUCAUUCGAUUGAUUUUAAUUAACAAACAUUUUAACUCUAUUCCGUAUUGGAGAAACCCCUUGAGUUUUGAGCGUUUAGGCCACGCAUUAUAAAAUAGUCGAGAGAGAAAAAACAUUUUUAACUAGAAAUCAGACAAAACAAUCAACACAACAGGAACCAUGACUCGUGGUAAUCAACGCGAUCUUGCCCGUGCUAAAAACCAGAAGAAAAUGGCUGAGGUUAACAAAGGAAAACGUAAUGACAAUUUAACCGUUGAUCAACGCAAACAGAGAGAUGCUGAGCUUAUGAGAGAAAAGCAGCGCAAAAAAGAAGAAGCAGCAGCUGCGGCGGCGGCACAAACAAAGGUCAAAUAAACAGCAGCAUAAAGUUCAUUGACAUCAAAUGAGGCCGAUCUAUCAUCAUUAAUCCAUCAACAAUCUAUAAGUAAAAGACUUCAUUUAAACCAGCCAACCAACCAACAAAUAAAAAGCUGUCUGUCUGUCACUCUGUCAUAGAUGUGGUUUACAAGCUUUAAGCAGGAACGAAAGCAUCCAACAGACUUGAGACAUUCUUUCUUAUGUGUUCUAAAACAGAUGAAUCUAGACUUUUUUCCAAAAACAAAAAUAAUGCCAACUAGCUCUAGCUAGCCCAAACAACAACAUACCAUGCCUCCAUAACUAACUGAAUGGGGCAAUCUCAAUCUAUCUGUUCUAAAAUAGCAAUCAUUGUCAUAUUGCACAUUCAACGAAGAAACAAUCCAAAGUCAAAUAUGUGAUGCCAUAGUUACAAUGGUCAGUUUUUGUUUUUAUAUGCCAGAAGAAAUUCGAAAUUUGUUAAAAAUGUAACAAUUGAGAAGCCUCAACACCUCACCUCCUUACACCUAAUUUUAUUAAAAUUUAAAUUAAAAAAAAAAAAAUCAGCAAAUCGUAACACUCUUCUGUACUAUUUUUACCUGAUACAUUUUCCAUAUAAAAUCUUAUUUUUAUUACUUUUCGAACCUCGCCCAGUUUAUGAUACUUUGGCUAUAGUAAAUUAACAAAAUACCCAA